CUCUCUGCCUUCCAAAUAAUCAAAGUCUUCUCUCUUCUCCAUUUAUAUAUCUCAAUUCUCUUCUCAUCUCAAAAACCACACACAACUACCCAUUACCCAUUUCUAUUCUCUCUCUCUCUUAGCCAAUUUCUCCAUUGAUUUCUCUAUCUUCAGCUUAAGAUGCAGCAAGCAAUCCCUUACAAAUCAUGGGUGCCGCUUUACACCACCACCACCAACCCUCUAACACGGCCACCACCGGCUCUUACUCUUAGCCGCACCACGGCUAAUGAUAAUGAACAAUUCUUAAAAGGGUCGAAAAACAUGGUGAGUAUGGUGCAAGAGAAUGCGAUUAUAGUGUUUGCUAGGCGUGGGUGCUGUAUGAGCCAUGUAGUGAAGAGGUUGCUAUUGGGUCUUGGUGUGAACCCACCAAUCUAUGAGAUUGAUGAAGAAGAUGAGAUUAGUGUUUUGCAAGAAUUGGAGAUGAUUGUUAAUAAAAUUGUUGGAGGUGGAAAUGAUAAUGUUAAAAAAGUGCAGCUUCCUGGUGUUUUUAUUGGUGGAAAGUUGUUUGGAGGAUUGGAUAGGCUUAUGGCUACUCAUAUUUCUGGAGAAUUGGUGCCUAUACUGAAAGAAGCUGGAGCUUUGUGGCUUUGAUUCUUGCAGUUUUGAUCUCUUCUAACUUCUUUUUUUCUUUUGUUUUCUUUCUUUUACCCUCUUUUGCUUUCUGAUUGCUGCAGUUUAGUUCUCAAGAAAUGGAGGAUUAGUUAUUUUUGGGUUUUAGAUUUCAGAUUGUAAUUUUGCUAGAAAGAAAGAAAAGAAAUACAAAUUCCCAUAUCUCCAACACGAUUUGUGGAAUUUAAGCUUUCUGGGAUACUAUAAAUAUUUCCCUUUUUUGUGA